AUGGCGAUGAAAGAAGUUAAACUAACAAUCAAUGUCGAAGGAAUACUAAAGAAGUGCCAGUCUAUGGAUAGAAAUGAUGCAUCUAUCACAUCAGUUAGAACGAUAAGCCAUAUGAACAUGCUGAAGCGCAUAAUUAAGAAUAAUCUAAAAAUAGAAAGCAAGGAGCUUAGUGAACAGAAAAAGGAAACUAUUCUAAAAAUAAUCAAGAAUAAUAUCUUUCAGCAUCUUACAUACAGUUUAAAUGAAGAUUCUACUAUGCGAACUAUGGUAUAUGAAUUACUGAGUGGAGACGAAGAAGAUGUUAAAUGUGUAUUCAUCUCUCUAGCUAAUACACUUAUAAAUCCAGAUCCGCUUAUAUACAAUCCUGAGCACGGAAUAAAUAGACAGUUUGACACACAUAGAAAGAUGAUAGAUAGUGUAGAUCUAUCUCGUG